CGGAACGAUAGUGAACUGUAAAUUCUCAGUCGGAGUGGCGCUGGAGUUGGACCGGAAGCAGCGUGAGGUUAUCGAAGCGCUUUCCGAAGUGGAGCGUUUGAGGAGUUUUUAUUGCGUCAAUUCUGCUGCCAGAAACGUUUUGUCCUGACUGAAAGUUGUUUGCUGAACAGACAAGAUGUUAAGAAGUGCUUCAGUGCAGAUCUUCCGCCAGUUGGUGAGAAACAGGAGCACAGAUGCAAGCCUCAUCCUGGAAAGAUCGAUAAACCGUGUGCAGCUACUGGGGCGAGUCGGACAGGACCCUGUGAUGAGACAAGUGGAAGGCCGGAACCCUGUCACCAUCUUCUCACUGGCGACAAACGAGAUGUGGCGUUCUGGGGAGGGAGAGAGCAGCUCAACAGGUGAUGUCAGCCAGAAGACGACGUGGCAUCGCGUCUCAGUGUUCAAACCAGGUCUGAGGGAUGUCGCCUACCAGUACAUCAAGAAAGGGUCCAGGAUUCUAGUGGAGGGAAAACUGGACUAUGGAGAGUACGUGGACAAAAACCAAGUCAGACGUCAGGCCACCACCAUUAUCGCAGACAACAUUGUUUUCCUGAGUGACAACAUCCGAGACCGAACCUGAGGGACCCUUCUCCUUGCAUCCAACUACAGAACAACUUCAAGUUUUACUUUUCUUCUUCGUACCAAAAUAAGACUUGAGGACAACAAAGUAAAGGGACUGUUUAUUAUGAAAGGGGACAUAAGAAUUGACUGUGGGGCCCUCUGCUGGUAAAAAUGAAGAUGUCGAGCAGAAGAAAGAAGCUUUUUCAACAGCAACUUUGAUUGUUCUAUAUGUACAUAGUAGCAGUGGUUAAAAGCUAUAAAUAAACAAGGCCUGCUCUGUAUUUUUAAGUUUCCACUCUAGAAACUGUGACACGGGGUUGUUUAUUUGGUAAUCCGUUCAAAAACAUGUUUUUCUCAAGUGUAGCUUUAAAAGCUGAAACGCUCUGGAGCGAUUCUUGUUCGUAUUAAAGAACAGUUUUAGGCUGAAAGGUUUUCUUCUUAAUUAAAGUAAAUCAUUUAAAUGGUUUUAAAUGUUCUUUUUACCAAAUAAAAAUUUGCCAACUAAGACUUCAA